AUGCCCAGCUCGACACACUCGUCUCCACGAGCACGGCGACUAGCGCGACCCUUCCCACUCUCCAUGUCGAUGCCGCCCAUACCCAACUCGUUCGCCCAGCCUUCCCUGCCACUCACCACCUCGCACGCCGAAGAGGACCUGUUUGAGGAGCAGUACUCGCCGACGAGGGAGCGCACGGCCGCGUACUUUCGUGAGGCGGUCAACGAGGUACAGAGUGUGUUGUAUGGUGGCAAGGGGCGCGAUAGAGACGAGAUCGCGAGGGUCGUCGGCGAGCUGUACGACGGCGGCGCGAUCUUUGAGAACCCCUUGACACUCGCACGGGGCAAAGAAGCGAUCGCCGACAUGUUUGCCCUCCUCGCCCUCGUCCCGGGCACGAUGUGGUCCGAGAUGGGCGACCUGACCGAGUCGCGCUCGGCCUACGACGGGAACCGCCUGAUGGUGUUCACGCACACACUGCACAUCUCGCUCCUCCCUUCGCUCGACUCGGAGAAUGCGCCGCAUAUCGGGGGAGGAGGAGGAGGAGCGGCAACUGCGACGCCCUCGAUGAGGCGGAGCUACUCGUUCUUCUCGCUCCCUUCGACUCCCUACCCUCAGACGCCCUCUUCCUCGUACCCUUCCUGCCCGCCCGAAACUCCAGCAAACGAGACCGCCCAUCCAGGAAUCUUCUCCAAGACCCAUCCCGCCUUUUCCGCGCGCGACCGCUGGCCCUCGACGUCCCUCCUCUCCGCCUUGAAUCCCCGAACGAUCGCCUCGGCAUUGACGACUCUGCACCUCAAGCUCCAUACGCGGCUGCUCUUCAACGAAGAAGGGCGGAUUAUCGCGCAUGAAGAUCUGUGGGGACUGAAGGAACUCGUCGAGGGAGUCUUUCCUAUCGUCGGUCACUUGUACGCCGUGAACCGACAGGGGAUCGGCUGGCUCGCGGGACUGGCGAGUCGCACGUUGCUGAGGAAACAGUCGGCGUCGAGCGAGGGCAAGGACGAAGAGGCGCGGUUGAUUGGGCUCCGGAGCGAGGCGGGAUCGAAGGGGUGGUCAUUUCGCACGCCGCCUCAGCUGAGUGGGUCGGGGAAGGCGCUCUACGGUACUGGAGCGGUGCAGGACGGGUUUGGAGUCGUGAGGCGCGACGAGGAGGCGCUUGGAGCGAGUGCGUUAGGGUUGGAUGUCGCACCUGUCCCGACGACGAUGGACGAGCUGGACAGCGGUGGAGAGUGA